AUGGAGAGCAACUUCACCUUCACCCCGCCUCCCUUCCUCGGCUCUGGCUUUCGGCAAAACCACCAGAUCCGGUCGCUCAAGUCUAACUCCUACCCGUUCCUGGCCUCCACUCGCUCGCUCGCGCCUUCAUCUUCGCACAGUGCACCGUCGACAGGACUGCUCACAUCGCGCGGGACAACAUCGGGUUUUGCGCGCACCAACCUCAACUCCACUCGCCGGAAGCAUUUGCGGCGGUGUUACGAUCUCAUGCACCUUUGCUUGCAGCGCAGGCAGACGGCGUUAGCGGGGAGGUUCUUGCGAAUCAUACUGGCCGCGCACGAAUGGACGGCGGAUGAAGGCUGGCGGCUCGCCCUCUUGCUGCUCAGCCUCCACUCGGAGGCUGAUGCGAAUGACAACGGCGUUGGAACGGCGACAGCAAGUCGCAGCAGGAUCGCCUACCUGCAAUCGCUCGAUCUCCACUCCUCCGCCCCCUUCAAAGCCACACACCUCACCAGCACGCUCGUCGAAGAGUACAUCCACGCCACCCGCCUCAACGACGCCAUCGAGCUGCUGGAACAACGUGUGAACAUGCAUCCGUACAAGUCGCAACCCCAACUGCAUACGUUGUUGGGCAUGCUUUAUCUGUUUGUCGGGCUGACUACGCUGUUGAACUCUACAGAUGGAGAAGAGGAGGGGGUCAGUGUGAGGAAGUUGGAUCGGACGACGAAGAAUAAGGCGCGGAGGUGCUUUGAGACUGCGAUCCAGGCUACACAGGGGUGGACACGGGGGGAGAAGGGGAGGAGGCAGAGGGUGUGGGGGAUGCAUUGGAACGAUUGUGUGAAGGAUGGUGAGAGGGUUGAGGGGAAGAGGAGGGAGGUUUGGGGGAGGGAUGUGAUGGAUGAUGGCGAGGAUGGGUGGCCGACGGAGGAGCAUCGAGAUCUGCAGAAGAUGAGGCGGCGGUUGGAGGGCAACGACGAUGAACCGGCACAGGAUGAGGCGGUGGAAGCGGAGAAUCCGAGGGAGGGGGCAGCUAGCGAUGCUGCGAGCUCCGCUUCUGGAUCAGUGUAUUCUGCAUCCUCCAGCGACGACGACGAUGACGAAGAGGAAGAGAGGGGUCGAUCGCGCACACCAUCACGCGCUCGCUCCCACCCGGGUGAAGACGAUGCCGCUCCUCACCCCGACGUCGGCCCCGCUCUUCCCACCAAAGGCCCCAAGUCGUGGCUCCAAGCCUGGCCGCGCGUCUCAUCGUUCUACACACCCGAACCUCCAUUCGCGUACCACCUUGCCGAACAGUUCCUGAGCCUCCUCGGCCCAUCGCCGUCGUCGCAAGUCCCAGCGCACGCGUCGUCAUCGCAGCGUGGCACGUGGCGCGAGGAGGAAGGCGAGGAUACCGAGGCAGAGGAGGUGGGAGGCAUCCAGCUCACGCGCGAGGAGGCGGAGGAGCGGUUGCGGAGGAUCCUGUUUGAAGAUCGGGAUGCGAGGGGAGGGGAGGCGAGUGGGCGAGGAGCGGGAGAAUCUAGUAGGGGGAAGACGAAGAGUGAGAAGCGGGAGAGGAAGGACAAGAUGGAGAGGAGGGAGGGGAGGGUGAAAGAGGAGAAGUCAAGGGGUCGGCAUCGAGAUGGCGGAGAGGGUAGGGAUGGUCGGGAGGACAGGAAGAAGAGACGACACGACAGGGAGAGGGAGAGCAUCGUUCCCGGUGGCGGUGAGCGUGAACGUAAGAAACGGCGUCACGACCGUCCACCUUUCUGA